GUCCCUGCAUUCAGCGCGCGUUCCUCCUCAUCCAGCUCGUGCUGUGAAUGGACGGCUGCCGUUCUUUUCCGGCUGCACCUGCUCAUCCCACCAGGAAGUGCUGGGCGAUAAAUCCUAAAGUAAUAAUCCCUUUUACCUGGAACGAAAGGAGCGAACAAACAUUAUUAUGCAGUGUAUCCGGGGAAAGCCCUCCGAUUAGAUUCAUGUGAUCGACGCGCGCGAUUAAUGCAGGGUAAAAAACACACCGUCAACUCCCUGCAAGUUGGGGUUAUUGUUUUCCUGCGGUGUAGCGUUUAGUUUUUUUGCGGUCCUAACCUCCCUCCGGCAAUGGGAUGCUGUGGAAGCGCAGAGAGGCCAAAAAGAGACUGGAAACCUUUGGAGGAGCGGAACUGCACGGAUCUGCCAUGGUUCCUCUUAUUUACAUUGUUCCUUAUGGGAAUGUGUGGCAUCUGUGGGUUUACCAUCGCGACUGGAGGGGCGGCACGGCUCGUCUUUGGAUAUGACAGCUACGGGAAUACAUGCGGCCAACGCAACGAGCCCAUCGAAGGGGUCCGGCUGAGUGGUCUUGACCAUACUGACAGAAAAUUCGUAUUUUUCCUGGAUCCGUGCAACAUAGACAUCAUUCAGAGAAAAAUAAAGUCCAUGGCGCUGUGCGUGUCACAAUGUCCCUCUGAGGAACUGGCAACUUACUACGACCUCAAGAAGUUUGCCAUGAUGAAUGGGUCUGAGCUUUGUUCAUACGAGUUACCUGGUCAUAAGUACCCAAGCCUUUCAGAGCGCUUCGAAAAAUGUCCCAAACUUCCAGUCCCAGAGAGCAAAGCUCUUCCAGUGUUUAACCGCUGCACGCCGGUGGAUAUUUCCUGCUAUGCUAAGUUUGCUGAAGCGGUGGUCACGUUUGUCAGUGAUAACAGCAUGUUAAACAGGCUGAUUGCUGGGGUGGCAGCCAGCAAAGAGAUCAUUGUUGGGCUGUGUCUGCUGGCGUUAGUUUUGUCUAUGAUCCUCAUGGUGAUCAUUCGUUACAUCUCUGCUGUCCUGGUUUGGAUCCUCACUGGACUGGUGAUUCUGGGUUCCCUGGGAGGUACCAGUGCUCUGUGGUGGUUGUACAUAGACUAUAGAAUGACAAUGAAUGAGACCAUGACUAAAGAUCUGAGAGAAACAGAAAAACCCAACGGUGGCAUGAAGACCACCAAAAACCACGCUCAAGGACUGCUCAUCUACGCUGUUUCAGCGACCGUGUUCACUGGAAUUUUGUUGCUUCUGAUGUUGUUUAUGAGAAAAAGGGUUGCUCUGACCAUCGCCUUGUUCCACGUGGCGGGAAAAGUGUUUAUCCACCUGCCGCUGUUGGCACUGCAGCCCUUCUGCACGUUCCUUGCUCUUUCUCUGUUUUGGGUCUACUGGAUCAUGGUCCUCCUCUUCCUCGGCACCACUGGGAACCCCGAGAAGAGCGAGGAUACUGGGCUGGUUGAGUUCAGGCUCACAGGAGUGCUGCAGUACAUGACCUGGUACCACGCAGUGGGACUGAUCUGGAUCAGUGAGUUCAUCCUGGCUUGUCAGCAGAUGACCGUAGCUGGUGCGGUGGUAACCUACUAUUUCACAAGGGACAAAACCAAACUCCCGGUGACGCCCAUCCUGUCAUCGGUGCUGCGGCUGGUGCGUUAUCACCUGGGCACUGUGGCCAAGGGCUCCUUCAUCAUCACCCUCGUCAAGAUCCCACGCCUCAUUCUCAUGUACAUCCACAACCAACUCAAAGGAAAGGAAAAUGCUUGUGCACGCUGCAUGCUGAAGGCCUGUAUCUGCUGUCUGUGGUGUCUGGAGAAGUGCCUCAAUUAUUUGAAUCAGAAUGCAUAUGCGGCAACGGCCAUAAACAGCACCAGUUUCUGCACCUCGGCCCGCGACGCCUUCAUGAUCCUGGUGGAAAACGCUCUUAGGGUGGCAACCAUCAACACCAUUGGAGAUUGUGUUCUCUUCCUGGGCAAGAUCCUGAUUGUGGCGUGCACGGCGUUCUCUGGGGUGUUAGCUCUGAACUAUCAGAGAGAUUACACCGAGUGGGUCCUGCCGCUCAUCAUCGUGUGUCUGUUCGCGUUCCUGGUGGCACACUGCUUCCUGUCCAUUUUCGAGAUCGUGGUGGACGUGCUCUUCCUCUGCUUUGCCAUCGACACCAAAUACAACAACGGCACACACGGGAGGGAGUUCUACAUGGACAAGGCCCUGAUGGAGUUUGUGGAGAACAGCAGGAGGUCAAUGGUGAUGGAGGAGCGGGGGCGCAGCAAGCGCGCCCGUCCCAAGGAAGAGGUAGAGUUGACGGAGGUUAAGGCCAUGGGUCCCGGGACAAGCUCUGCUUGACCAAAAUCAGCCCAUGGGACUUUUUAGAGACAUUCCAAAAUGUUUAUUUUUACCAAUGUGUAACAUGUUUACUAUGGUUUCACUCCAGGGAAUACAAUAUUUUAAUAAGAAACUGUAAAACAAUGAAAUAACAAUGUAAUGAAGCACUUUAUAUUGGAGCGCUGCAUAUUUUAAAAAGCCUGAUGCAUUUUUCGUAGUGAUGUCCUUUUUAUAAGACUAAAAAAACCCAGUUGCCAUCUAGUGAAACACAGUAUUAAUAAUGUUUAGAAUCACUGUUUUUAUUAUGUCAAUUUUUCAUAACAAACCUUUUUUAAUUGGUUUUCUUUGCGUUUAUGAGAAACCCACAUACUCCAGUGCAGCACUUGUUCUUUUUGUUUCAUUUAAUUCAAAUAAUGAAGCAUCUACGCUUUUUAUUUCUUAAUUUUCAAAAAAGAAAAAACAAAAUGCUCGGUUGUGUUAUUUUACUAAAAUAACGUUACCAUGCCUGAAAAUGAGGGUCUUGUCCUUGUAUUUUAUUUGUGUGAGGUUGGUUGGUUUCCCUCCAAUGGUGGUAAUUUUAGUUUGUUUUUGAGUUGCGAUAAAACUGUAAAAGUCAACUGAAAAAGUGACUGUUAGUGCUGAUAGAAACUGGGUCUGGUUACCUUAAACUGGGAGGAAGACAUUAAUGGUUUCUGACUACAAUCCACAGUUGCUGUAACUGAAGUGAAAUUACAGCAAAAAAAAUAAAAAAUAAUAAUAAAUAAAACAAACAAUAACAGUUCAGUUACAUCACAAGAAAAUAUAAAUGGUUAUGAUUUUUUUUUUUUUUUUAUGUUUUUGCUCAGCAAGGCUGCAUUUAUUUGAUCAAUAAAAAUGCUGUUCUUUUGAACUUUCUAUUCAUCAAUAAAGAAACUUGGUCAAAUGUAAUCAUGGUUUCCACAAUGAAAUUAAGCAGCACAACUUUACCAUUGAUAACAACAACAAAAAAAAUCUAAUUCAGACGUUUUGUAUAGUAGUUUAUCAUGGUUCCACAAAAAUAUGAAGCAAAAAACCAUAUUCAACUUUAAUAAUAAUGAGAAUGAUUUCUAAAGGAUCUUGUGACACUGAAGACUGGAGUAAUGAGGCUGAGAAUUCAGCUGUGCAUUACAGGAAUAAAUUACAUUUUAAAAUAUAUUAAAACUAUAUAAAUAUUUUACAGUAUUACUGUUUAAUGUAUUUUAAUCAGAUAUAUGCAGCCUUGGUGAGAAUAAGAGAUUCUUUCCAUAAAUGUAAAAUUGUAAUAAUUCCAAAUCUUUGAUGUCUACCUUAUCUUCAGAAAUAAUACAAAACAGUUCAUACUUCAGAAACACAAGACUAGUCUUGUUCAUAAAUCAGCAGCGGGGCAAUUCUGGUGCUGCGACGUGGCUUGGACAUUGUCUUUGGUUGUUAAAGUAACAGAACUUCGCCUCACUCAACAGAAAUUAAGUGCAUGAGCAUCCCUGAUGUUGAUCCACGGCAUAAAGCACCGAGCUCUCCUUGGGUGCAAUUCAUCAUCCAAACAAAAUGUUGCAUUUCCAUUUUUGGGAGAAAUGAACUAAUGUUAACUUUUACAUAGUUGUCUUUACAGCACAAUAUUUGUUCUCUUUCGCUUUGAUUCUUUGCAACCAAUGGAGAGUUUGGUCUUUAUCUAGCAAGAUGCCUUGGGGCACCGACUUUAAUAUCCGCAUCAAACUUAAGUCUUCCUACUCAUGCAAAGUAUCUUGAAAGGAAACAGUUUUUUUUUUUUCUGCUAUUGCAGUGGAAGAGAAGAGUCACAUGAAACUUGUAUUUUGCCUUAACCAAUCGAGUGAAUGUCGCCCCCUGCUGGAUUACACAGACUAGUUGAGUGCAGAACAAACAGCUCAUAAGCCUUAAACAGAUCUAACCAUUCACAGUAAUUUAACUAACCCAUCAUCUGUCAGAGUGUGUUCAGUCUGGCUGAGGAGAAUAUUUAUAAUUAAUUUACGCGCAGAGGAUUCUGCAGUCUAUUGGUUUUUAGUUUUCUAACAAAUGUCCGAUUUAGCUAAAUCGAUGUGUGCAGUUUUUGUAUGGAUGUUUUGAAUGUCAUGUUACAUAUUGAUAAAUAUUGACUGAGGAAUUGUUGUUCUUUAUCAUUUUUAUUCCAUGUUUUUUUGUCUUGCAUUGGAGGGAAAUGUUGUCAAUUAUCUUAAAAUGAGAUUUUUUGGGGAAGGGUUCAGAAAUGAACACAGUGUACCAGAGUUAUGUUAUUAUGAGCAUGAAUUAAGAAGAAAAAAUCUUAAGAGAUUUAACAUUUGCCACACAAAACUUAUGCUGAAAGCAUGUUAAAUAUUGCACUAAGAUGGCAUACAUUAAACACAGAGAUGAAUUAAUUAUAGCUGUAAAACAUUUAUAGUUAAAAUCGUCUUAUAUAGCGCAUUCAAUAUAGAGAUGUUUCAUAAAUGUUUAAAGAAAAUCUUCUCUGUCAACAAAAUUGUCUUUUAAAUGUUUGACAUUGCAGUUUCUGGUUCCGCAACCCACAGUAUUAUCAGGUAACAUGAACUUGAUGAAGUAGGUUGUGUUUUCAAGAUGAAUGGUGGAACUUGUCUUUUAGGGUGAAUCUCACAAAAACGUCACCCCAAAAUCAAAAGGAAAAAAAUGUUUUGCAUAAAGAAAAUGAGACCCAUUAAGGUUAUUUGUCAUUGUGACAUUAUUUUCAGGAAAAUCUGAAGGGAAAUGUGCUUAAUUAUCACUACUGUAAUUAUUUUAUACAAAUGUUUUGCCUAAUACUAUAUAAUUAUUAAAAAUUAUCUUUUGUUUAAUUGAACAAAAUGUAUGUAAUGUAAUUUAACGGCAUACAAAUACAAUUUAAAACACAUACACACACACACACACACACACACACAUCACAUCACACUACAAUGCAGUUAUGAUUGUGCAAUUAUGAUUUUUUUUUUUUACAAUAAUGUCAACAAUGCAAAAAGAAAUCUAAAAAUGUUUUGUUUAUGCAAAAAAAAAAAAAAAAAAAAAGCUUUUGUGAGAUGCAUCUUUUGAUGCUGAACUAAGAUCAGUUCUUUGGACUCGGCGGGUUUCAACCUAAGGAUUUGGACUGGAAAACUGAACUUACAAUGAGCAUUUACUGCUUGAGAAGGUUUUUUUUUUUUUUAUACGGACUCCUGUGUCAUAUUCACUGGAACAGGAUCUUUUUGGCCUCAGACAUCGGCUUUGGCUCACAACUCCACUUUAUAUUGCCAAAUGUGCACAAAGGGAAAUGUAAGAAGUGCACAAACUCUCUCUUCUGCUACCUGGUGGAAAACCGGUUGGCUUUCGUUUUUUGAUCACAGCCUUUUUCUUCUUUCUCUAAAUCACUGAAAGCAUCUCAGUAUCAGCCGUGACUUCUCUCGUCCUGUCAGUGUGUAUUAGAACGAAACAGAUGAGCUGUGCUUAGAGGCAAGCUAGUAGACCCAUAACCACUGUAUACACACACACACACACACACACACACACGACCUGCAUGCUCCUGACCUGGGACUUUUCUAACUCUUUAAAACAAUGAGCCAUUUUUGUAGGAACGUGAACUGUUUGGCAUUAGAAUACAUGUGACUUAACACUGAUAGAACAAUAGCUUUAUUAUGCGACAAGCCACUGUUCUUAUUUGAUUUUUUUUUCGAGAUGAGAUUGUGAGUGUAUUUCUCUUCAUUUUGGGAAACUGUGCUUCUGUUCACACGUGUCACACGGGGAAUAGACCAAUUCUGUUAUCGGACACAGUUAUGGAUGGGCAAUACAUCAGUUUACUCCUCUGGUGUGAUAUUAGCUAUAGCUCUUACCUGCAGUAAAGUUGUUUGUAACACUGAACUAAGUUUUUGUUGAUUUGUUUGAUUUUUAUAUUUAUGAUUUCAUACGUAUCCUGUUUUUUAAAGUAAUAAAGUGCGGGAAAAAAAGGACAA